AUGAAACUAGCUGAUACACAUAUACCUACGAAGAAGGUGAAAUAUGCAAAAGUUCUGGGAGGAUUAGUAGUAGCUGUUAAUCUCUCAAUGCUGCUCUACUUGGUGACAGUAAGUUUAUCCAUCUUUGGUAACGCAUUUGUGAGUUUCGUAGUCAUUUUGGUGAUAUUGUUUGAUGUGACGAUCACACUACAAUUCAUCUUGCUCGUCCUGGAAAUGUGGGCGAGGUUCUCUAGACUGAACGAUGCCCUCCAGGACGCCCUGUCCCCCCAUUGUACAGAACUGUUUGUAGGAGCGUCACCAUCUUACAGGUGCUCACUGCUGCAGCUGCAGAAGACAUACGUGGCCUUGGGACGAGCCGCCGACCACCUUAUGAGCCACUUUGGCCUGCCUGUGGCCUUCGACAUCGCGUUCUGCAUCUGUGGCGCCACUUGCAGUUCCUAUGAGGUUUUCGUCAAGCUGCUGUCCGACAGCAAUGUGCCGGGACUCUCAAUCGAGGUACCCGUAAGCGUAUCGGAGGUGUGGCUUGCUUUGCACUGGAUGAGGAUCCUACUGUUCUCGCUGUCGUGCGCGGCUGCGGAAGACACUGCGGCAGCCACAGGUGUGAUCCUCAUCAGGGCAUCGGUGGUACCUCAACGGCGCACGGCUGAGUUUGAUGAAUUCCUAAGGUUCACGCUUCAAGGACCUCGAACGUCCUUCAGCGCCGCCGGAUUUGUCAAGAUCGACCGCCGUCUGAUAGUUUCUGCUUUCACUGCUGUUGUCACGUACCUUAUAAUCCUAGGACAACUCACCUUCAACUAG